AUGAAUACGGUUCGAUCUACCUGGAUGGGCUGGGGCACCCUUUGCCUUGCCGGCGGCGGAGCCUACUAUUUCGCCAAGCAAUCGAUCAACGCCGACCGACAAUCCCGAUUUGAAGCCGAAAUCAAGCGCAAGGCCCAAAUGAAGCAAAUGGAGAACGAGCAUAAGCGCAAAGCACAAGCGUCGACACCUCCCCCGGCCAACGACACUAGCUCGAAGCGAGCGAGUAAGGGACGAUUCAAGAACUCCGAUGAUGCCGACGAUGCCGCCUCUCCAAGUACUGAAGCUUCUCACGAUCCAGCGCCUACCCGGCAUGAACCCAUGACGGCGAUCGACCGCGUCAUGGAGAAGGGGAAAUACGAAACGGAACAGCCGUAUCGGCCUCCGAGUGGGAACCGGUUUAGCUGA